AUGAAAUACUCAACAACUUUCGCUUCAUUAGCUUUGUUUUCAUCAUCUGCAUUAGCUUACUACGGUAAUGAUACAACUGUUUAUCAAACAGUCACUGAUUUCACAACCUACUGUCCAAUUGCAACCACUUUAACCAUCACUAAAUGUGAAAAUCAUCAUUGUACUCCAACUACUAUUCCAGUUGAAGGUCCAACAACAGUUACUGUCACUGGUGAAGUCUUGUGUCCAUCAACUUCAGAAGAAGCACCAUCAGGUCCAACUACUAUUCAUUCAACUGUUACUGAUUUCACCACUUACUGUCCAGUAAGUACUACUAUCACUUUAACUAAAUGUGAUAAAGAUAAAUGUGGACCAACUACUGUUACUGGUGGUGAAGGUGAAACAAUUACAGUUACAGGUACUUUUAUUUGUGACACUACUUCAGAAGCUCCAGUUCCAUCAUCGGAAGCUCCAGAAGCUCCACCUCCAUCAUCAGCAGCUCCACCUCCAUCAUCAGCAGUUCCACCUCCAUCAUCAGAAGCUCCAGCUACUUCACAAAAACCAGGUACUCCAGUAAUCCCAGUUCCAAAACCAGAAGAGUCACCAGCUGAAUCACCAGCUGAAUCACCAGCUCCUCAACCAUCAACAGUUGCUGCUGAAUCAAGCUCACCAGCUCUGGGUGUAUCAGAAUCACAACCAUCAACUGUUGCUGCUCAAUCAAGCUCACCAGCUCCGGCUGUUUCAGAAUCACAACCAUCAACUGUUGCUGCUGAAUCAUCAAAUGUUGUUGUUCCAGAAGUCUCAGAAGGUAGUGCUGCUAAAUUAGUUGGCUCAUUAGGUGCAGUUGCUUUUGCUUUUGGUUUAUUAAUUUAA